AUGGCGGACAUACGGUGCGACCAGCGCAAGGUGACACCGCCAAGUCCGUCGUCCCUGAGGAUCUUCGGCUACGACGUGGCCGGCGGCGCCACCAGCGUCACGGAGGUGCCGUCCGCGCCGCCGACGCCGCAGGCGGCGGAUGGGCGGAGGUUCGAGUGCCACUACUGCUGCCGCGAGUUCGCCAACUCGCAGGCGCUGGGCGGCCACCAGAACGCGCACAAGAAGGAGCGGCAGCAGCUGAAGCGCGCGCGGCUGCACGUCGACGCUGGCAUGGGCUACUUCCCGCCGCCGCCGGGGCACGUGAUCGCCGUAGGAGGGCACGCCGGGCCGUCGGCCUACCCGCGUGUCGACCUCCACAGAUGGGUCUACCUCGCACGCCAGCCGACGGUGGGCCUGCCCUUCCAUGCUCUUCCGGCCGAGCCACGGCUCCACGACGCAAGCGACGGUGCCACCAGCACCAGUGCCAGCAGUUUCGCUCGUUUAUACGAGGCGGAUGACGGCACCGAGGAAGCCUCCGCGAUGGGGCUGGACCUCCAUCUCAGCCUUGCUCCGGCCAGUUCAUCGUGA